UAAGACCGCCUCCCAGUUGGCCAGCCCCGGCCAUGCCGCCAUCAUGGCCUGCUCCGCCUCCCGGAUGGCCAGCCCCGGCCACGCCGCCAUCAUGGCCUGCUCCACCAACCGCAACUCCCACGCUGCCCCCCACCUUGCCCCCGUCGACACCACCCGCGGCCUGGCCACCAGCGUGGCCGCCUGCGGCGGCUCCCACUUCACCACCUCCUGCUGCCAAACCCCCAACAUCGCCGCCUUCAUGGCCGCCAACUGCAACUCCCACACUGCCCCCCACCUUGCCCCCGUCGACACCACCCGUGGCCCGGCCACCAGCAUGGCCGCCUGCUGCGGCACCCACUUCACCACCUCCUGCUGCCAAAUCCCCAACAUCGCCGCCUUCAUGGUCGCCAACCGCAACUCCCACACUGCCCCCUACCUUGCCCCCGUUGACCCCACCCACGGCCUGGCCACCAGCGCGGCCGCCUACGGCUGCGCCCACUUCACCACCUCCUGCUGCCAAACCCCCAACAUCGCCGCCUUCAUGGUCGCCAACCUCUCCUUCUCCCGCGGCGGUGCCUCCGACCUCACCGUACCCUGCCACUAAACCUCCAAGUUCAGCGCCUUCACCUGCUCACACCGUGCCGCCUGCGUGGUCGCCAACCUCUCCUUCUCCCGCGGCCGUGCCUCCGACCGCUACUCCACCUUCGUCAGCUCCGGCACCUUGGGGUCAACCUCCAGCUUGGUCUCCCACACCGCCGGUAUCUCCACCUCCAUCAUGGCCGACGCCACAAUCUCCACCGGGAAUAUCUCCGGCGAGUGCCCCAGCACCGGCACCUUCAUCUGCAUGGACUAUAACUCCUACAAGCUUAUCUGUGGCGGCGGUUACUAUCAUGUUGAGUACGAGUUUACUGUACUUGCAAAUAUCUUGAAUAAUCAUCGUGUGUGUCUUGGUUUCUGGUUU